AUGGCGCCAAUUAGUCACACAAGAAUCUCCUUAUCUAUGUACAAUAGCUGGAUUCGAUAUUUCUGUAGAACAGGCGAAACAAACGAAGCAAUGUCUCUCCUCGCCGAAAUCCAUUCUCUAGGUUCACGUCCUGAUCCUCUUUCCUACGUUAGUUUUAUUGAAACACUCGCUAGUCUCAGAAGGACUCUCGAAGCUGAUGCUUUGUUUCAUGAAGUAGUUAGAUUCAUGAUUUAUGGAAGCUAUUCGGUGAGAUUGUACAAUGCUUUGGUUAGUCGAUAUUUGAGAAAAGAGGUAUCGUGGCGUGUGGUUAACGAAAUGAAGAAGAGGAAGUUUCGUUUGAAUUCGUUUGUUUAUGGGAAGAUUAUUCGUAUUUAUAGAGAUAAUGGUAUGUGGAAGAAAGCUUUAGGGAUUGUAGAAGAGAUUAGGGAGAUUGGUUUGCCUAUGGAUGUGGAGAUAUACAAUAGUGUUAUUGAUACGUUUGGUAAGUAUGGAGAGUUGGAUGAAGAGUUACAGGUGUUAGAGAAACUACAGAGAUCGAGUGAUUCGAGGCCUAAUAUUAGGACAUGGAAUUCGUUAAUACGGUGGCAUUGUCAUCACGGUGCGGUUGAUAUGGCGCUUGAGUUGUUUACAAUGAUUUUCGAGGAUAUUGGGGAACUUGUGGGUAAGCUAAAGUCUCAAGGUGUUGCUCCUUCUGCUAAUUUAUUUUGCACUUUGGCAAAUGCAUAUGCUCAGCAGGGACUAUGCAAACAGACAGUAAAGGUGCUCAAGAUGAUGGAGAAUGAGGGGAUUGAACCAAACUUGAUUAUGCUGAAUGUUUUGAUUAAUGCUUUUGGAACUGCUGGGAAGCACAUGGAAGCUCUAUCUAUUUAUCAUCAUAUUAAAGAAACCGUAUGGAUUCACCCCGAUGUGGUUACCUAUAGUACACUUAUGAAAGCAUUCACUCGAGCAAAGAAGUAUGAAAUGGUAUGUAGCUUCUAUCUGGUGACCUUGUAA